UCCUAUACUCGAGAGAGAGUAUUACAAAAAGAAACUAGCCCACAGUCGGAAAUAACUGGAGGAUCCUUCUAAAAGUCCUCAGAUAUAUGCUUCUUCUAACACUUCUGUACAUAGUGGUUUCUAAAAGUGAACCAUUGUGGUUCAGAGCCAUCCUGAUUCCCAUUGAAAUUUUGAUUUUGUAUUAUCUUGAAAAAGGAAUCGAAAAGCAAGAUUGGAUGGCUAACUAUUGAGGAAUCUUCAUUUCAUCACUUAUGUAUUUCCACAUGACUGAAGUUAACCUUAAAUUUGAACGUUACAGAUUACAUGAGGGAUAUCUGCUUCAGAUAUCAGCAGCGUUUUCGUUCAGUACAUGUGUAACCACGAACUGGAAAACUCUGUGCAUCAACCAAUGAUUACUACAUUUGUAUGGAUUCAUCAGACUUUGGAAUAAAUUCGAAGAUCUAAGUGAUUUGUAUUAUCCUGGAUCUCUGUCUUCCUUAGUCUUCUUUGUAUUUGGCUCCUAUUGCUAUUCAAGUAUACUAAAGGAAGAAUUCAUUGCCAGUUUCAAUAAUGUAAACACAUUGAAAAGCCAAAAGAAGGUCAUCAAUUGACUCCCAGAAGGAGUGCUUAUUGCAAGUAAAGAUAACCAGUAUAAAUAUGUAAACUCUAAAAUUAAGCAUAUACUGGAUAUCAAGAAAUUUUACAAAGAUGAAGAUGAGAAGGAAAUCCUCAAAACAUCACAAGAACUUAUUACCAGAGAGCUUGACAACAUUGUCAAAAAUAUUUCUUCUCGAUAUCCAGAUAUGCAAGAAAGUGAUAAUGAAGAUUCUAGUAGAUUGCUCAACAAAUUGUUGAGAAACUUCACUGUAACAUGAAAAGAUACUGAUUUUGGUCAAAGAAAACUAGGUAUGUUAAGUGAUUCUCAAGACUAUAAUGAUCAGCCAAGAAUGCAUAGGUUUGGAGAACUGCUAAAUGUUGAAAUGUCACUUUCUGAGUUUCUAAAUAAAGAGAGGAAAUCAUUACUGGAUGGAUGCUACUGUAACAAAGAAUCAAAAAUCUCAGUCAAAUAUAAAUCUCAAGAACUUCAAGAGCUGCAAGAUCAGAGAAGAGAGUUUAUAAUAAAGACUACUAUUGUAGAAUUUGCAAGUGCUUCAGGAUGAGAUCCUUCUUGUAUUCACAUGUUUAUUGAUACUACGCAAAUUAGCCAGCUAGAAGAGGCAAAGGCCCAAAAUCAUUACCAACGCCAAAUGCUUUCUAAUGUCUCUCAUGAAUUGAGAACACCUCUCAAUUCAAUUAUGGCUUCACUAGAGCUAAUGAGAGCAGAAGAAUAUGGAAAGAAUAAUCGCUUUCUGCAUAUAGCUUCAUCUUCUUGAACAAUUUUAGGAAUGUUAGUAGAGGAUAUUCUUGACCAUGCAAAAAUUGAGUCAGGAGUCUUUCAAAUCAACGAGGAAGUUUUCACAAUGACUGAGUGCAUCAAAGAAAUCAAAGAAGUGUUUAUACUUCAAGCUAAUGGUAAAGGUCUAGAGCUCAAGAUGAACAUCCAAGAUAAAUUGAAAAAGCUACCAAUAUUCUCUGAUAAGCAAAGACUCAAGCAAGUUUUAAUGAACUUGGUCUCAAACUCCCUGAAAUUCACAGAUAGGGGCUUCAUAACAAUUGACAUUAGCGAGAAAUCUGAUCUUGAAGAAUCCAAGGUAUUCGAAGAAUCAAAGUCUUAUGAAGAGAGACAAUUCUUAGAUAAUAGCUUAGAAGAUUUCGAAAAUGAGAGUAUGGAGUGAUUCUCUGAAAAUUCUGCCUUACAAAUGAAUCGAAACGAUUGAACUAAAUACCUUUUCCAUGCUCAUAGGUCAAGGUUUAAUAGUUUAGAUGAAGAAGAAUCUGAUUUCUCUAAAACAAUGAGCAUUAACCUAAAAGUUAUUGACACAGGUAUUGGAAUCUCUCAGGCAGAUCAACGCUCCCUGUUCAAACUUUUUGGGAAGCUCAGCUCAAAUCAUAAUAGAAAUAAAACUGGAUGCGGACUUGGUCUAACAAUUUGUAAGAAGAUAAUCGAAAAAUUAGGAGGUACUAUAAACCUAUUCUCGGAAGAAAAUGUGGGUACCACAGUGGAGUGCCAUUUCACCUGCAAAUAUUAAAUUAUUUACCAUCUAAUAUCCAAUGCUAAAA